AGCAUGAGGAGGGAGAACCAGAGCAGCGUAUCUGAGUUCUUCCUCCUGGGGCUCCCCAUCCUGCCAGAGCAGCAGGGCAUGUUCUUUGUCCUGUUCCUGGGCAUGUACCUGACCACGGUGCUGGGGAACCUGCUCAUCAUCUUACUUAUCAGUCUGGACUCUCGCCUCCACACACCCAUGUACUUCUUCCUCAGCCACUUGGCUGUCACUGACAUCUCCUUUUCAUCUGUCACUGUCCCAAAGAUAUUAAUGAGCUUCCAAACUCAGGAUAGAUCCAUCCCCUAUGCAGAAUGCAUAGCAUAGAUGUAUUUGUUCAUAUUUUUUACUGAUCUGGACAAUUUCCUUCUCACCUCAAUGGCAUAUGAUCGGUACAUGGCCAUAUGUCACCCCUUUCACUACCCCACUAUUAUGAAAGAGGAGCUGUGUAUGUUACUAGUAGCUGUAUCCUGGAUCCUCUCCUGUGUCAAUGCUCUGUCUCACACCCUCCUCGUGGCCCAGAUGUCCUUUUGUGCUGACAACACCAUCCCCUAUUUCUUCUGUGACCUUGGAGCCCUGCUCAAACUCUCCUGCUCAGACACCUCCCUCAAUGAGCCGGUCAUUUUCACAGCAGGAGUGGCAGUCAUUACUCUCCCACUAAUAGGUAUCUUGAUCUCUUAUGGCUGCAUUGGGGUCACCAUCCUAAAGGUUCCAUCUACCAAAGGGAUCUGCAAAGCCUUGUCCACAUGUGGCUCCCACCUCUCUGUGGUAUCUUUGUAUUAUGGGACAAUUAUUGGGCUCUAUUUUUUCCCCUCAUCCAGAAUCUCCAAUGACAAGGAUGUAAUUGCCUCUGUGAUGUACACAGUGGUCACUCCAUUGCUGAACCCUUUCAUUUAUAGCCUGAGGAACAGGGACAUGAAGGGGGCCCUGGAGAAACUCUUCACUAGGGCAAUAGUCUUGUCUCAAUGA